UGAUAAUAAAAUUAAGUUUAAAGGCGACAACUUAAUUUUGUUAACUGACAAACACAUUCAAGAGUUAAGUGUUACUGCAGAGGUACACAGAUUUGCUAACAGUGACGCAAAUUGUGGGUUUGUGUUAAUUUUCCAACGAUGAUGAUACAUAAGUGAGAUAAAAGAAUAUAAAGAAAUCCCCGUUUCCAGACGACAGUAACAAUGAAUCAUCUUACAAACUGUUAACAAGUGACUGGAGAAAAUCUUACGUAGGCCUGCGUAAACAAUGAGGAUAAUCCAUUUUAUUGAGAAACAAACAGUCAAUUUGUAAGUCUUUUUUUUUCUUCAAAAAAUUUCGUGAUCAGAUGGAGCAACUGACUCAGUUCGUUUCAAAAUCAUUCGAACCUGGGCGUUGCGCGGGUAAUCGCAGUGGUAGCAACGUGGACGAGACGGUCUCACAAGCAGCUCACCCCGAAUGGGGCUCAUCGGUCCCCUCAGUCGUGUCGUCGGGGCCACAGAAGAAUCCGUCACCCGUGUCCCCCUGUCCCGACACGACCGGGGGUGAACCACUCCCGAGCCGGGGGUCUUCCGUCUCACCCAUCGUGGAUCCCGAUGACUCCAGAUCGUCGCCCGGAAGUAGCGGGAACCCACUGCUACUCAACUCACCCGGAACCGAACCUCGGAGCCCGGAACCUGGACCAGAGGAUGGACCCGGAGUUUUAAACGCCGGAGGAAACAAAACCAUGCUGAUUGUCAGAGAGGAGAGCAAAUCAGUGCUCGAACAGAACCAGAGGAAAGAGAAUACAGGAGAUCAUCACAAUCACCACCAUCAUCAUCACCACCACAAUGGUACCAACAACGCCAAGCAGAAUAAGCAACGACGCAGUCGUACCAACUUCACACUGGAGCAACUUAACGAGCUGGAGAGGCUGUUCGACGAGACGCACUACCCGGACGCGUUCAUGAGAGAGGAACUGAGCCAGAGGCUGGGACUCAGCGAAGCCAGAGUCCAGGUUUGGUUCCAGAACAGACGAGCGAAGUGCAGAAAACAUGAGAGUCAGAUGCAAAAAGCCGCCGGAAUGAUGCUGACGAGCCACAGCCCGCCGAUAGCGACGCCCCUGGAGCCGUGUCGAGUGGCGCCCUACGUCAACGUGCCGUCUCUGAGGCUCCCCACGGCGUACGACCGUCUGCCGUUCCCCGCUUUCUCGGCGUUCGACCCGGCUCUGCUGACCGCGGCCCACCAGUACGCUGCUGCAGCGGCAGCCAUGUCGUCCAGUUCGUCUCCCCUGGUGUUCUGCCACCCGCAAUACCCGCUGGGACUGGCCGCGCUAGCGGCCGUCCACCAAGAUCGCCUGCACUCGAAGAACUCCAGCAUCGCGGACCUCAGGCUCAAAGCUAAGAAACACGCAGAGGCCCUCGGACUCACAACCCGCGAGAAGACUGUUUAACUUUCUAUUAUGAUCGCAAUGGCUUAAAUAAAUCGAUAACCACCUGAUGUCGAUAAUCGAUGUGGACGUAUCGAAACUUUAGUUUUGAACAGAAAUGUUUGUUUCUUGGGUUUCUGAAGAACACUAUAAAUAAAUAAAUCAAUAAAUUGACGCCCCAACAAGAAUCUGAUUGUUUUGUUUUGAAACGAAAUUAUCUCUAACAAUAAAUAACCUUCACAGAGUAUUUGAAGGAGAAAAAGACAAUGAACUCCGGGGAAUGAACUUGCGAUGAUAAAAGAGGAUGUGUGUGGUGAAGAGAACGGAUUUUAAUUAUUGUUCAAGACUGCAAUAUAACGGUAUAGGACCAAUGCAGCUAACUUUUCAUAAAAAUACGAAAAUUGUAUUAGCCGAUGAAGCUGACUCUUUCGUCGGCUGAGGAAAGUGAUGUUCAGCUGUUCUGACGAGGGACAGUGAUAACGCUAAAGAUUCACAGUUGCAAAAUGUGUGGGAUUAAAUUCUAGUUAUAAUAAUACCAACUUCACGCAAUAUGUUACUAUAAAUUCUGUAUAAACUAAUUAUGUUUGCCUAUAUGUCGGUUGCCAUGGAAAAGUUAAAUGUCAUUCUCUUGUUCUGUCAUUGUCAUUACGGGACCAGUUACGUUCCGUGAGGCGACAAAGAUCACAAUGAGCUUUGUACGCUUUGGAACUUAUUUUUAAGAGUCUGUAAAAUCUGACAUUUUCUAUGUCCUCAUAUAAGUCUACGCAAGUUCAAGACGGUCUUUGUAAACGAAUAAGAAUGUAUUUUCUCUAUUCGCGACGACGUUAAAUAUUGCCUAAGGCGAAGACGAAGUGAUGAAAAUGUACCACAAAACAAGAGAUAUGGCAAUGGAAUAUGUGUUCUUGUGUUGUAUAAAAGAAAAACCGCUAUUAAAAUUAAA